CAGAAUAAAAAGCUAGUAUAGGGCACAGUUUCCUCUUUAGUAAACUCUCCGGGUCCUCUGCAAAAACCUCCACGUCGAGAGAGAGGAGACGCUUUACUCUCUGGUUAUCGAGAUCUACUCACUGCUUCGGCUUCUUUCCCCCCCGAAUCAGCAAAAAGAUGUUUGAUGAUCAAGACCUGGGAUUUUUUGCCAAUUUUCUUGGCAUUUUUAUAUUUGUCCUGGUGAUAGCUUAUCAUUAUGUGAUGGCUGACCCAAAAUAUGAAGGCAAUUGAAACUGUUGUUUCUUAGAUCAGAGGCUGAAUGACACUUGCAUGGUUAAACCAUGUCAAUAUUUUUAGUUCUGCUGUCAUGGAAAUUUUAGCCUUCAAUAUAUUUCCUAGUUGUUAUCA